GGUUCGCGCUCGUCCGGUUCUUCUCGUCGUUCUCCGCUCAUCUUGCUCCGCAACGUGGUGCUCGCGAGUUCGAGUCUCGAGUCAGUCCAUCGCGAGCCGUUAGUCGGAUGGUAUCAUCGGUACUCUGUCACGCGUCUUGGAAUCUUGCACAUCUUGUCAUAUAUUUACCUUCUUCUCUCUGCGAAGUUUGGGAAUGCGCGACCUCGUUGAAUGUCAGUGAAUCGUUUGCACGUGCAAGGAUAGUAGAGUCUAAAAGGUCGGUAGCAGCCAAAAGCCGACAGCAUGAGGAACUCGACGAUACUGAAAUGGGCGCAAAAUUCGGCGAAUAAUAAAAAUCAGCCGAAUAAAAAUGGAGGAACGAAUAGGAACUGGAUACACCCACCGGACGCGCUCCAAAAAGGACACAUCGCCUACCUAGUCAAGUAUUUGGGCAGCACAGAGGUGGAUCAACCUAAAGGCAUCGAUGUCGUCAAGGAGGCGAUUUGUAAGCUGAAAUUCAAUCAGCAACUCAAGAAGAGCGAAGGCACGAAAACGCCGAAGGUCGAGCUUACUAUAAGUAUCGAUGGCGUGGCGAUACAGGAACCAAAAACAAAAACGACUCCCAAGCGAAUUAUGCAUCAGUAUCCGUUACAUAGAAUUUCGUAUUGCGCCGAUGACAAAGGAGAGAAGAAAUUUUUCAGUUUCAUCGCGAAAGAGGAGGAUGCAGAGAGGCAUACGUGCUUCGUUUUUGUCAGCGACAAAUUAGCCGAAGAAAUCACGCUCACCAUCGGUCAGGCCUUCGAUUUAGCUUACAGGCGAUUUCUGGAAACAUCUGGUAAAGAUUUGGAAGCGCAGCGACGCUGCAUGGUGCUACAGCAAAAGAUAAAACGAUUAGAACACGAAAACAACGUUUAUCGGCAGCGGCUGCAAGAUAUCGCAGCUAUUAAAGGCUCGGCGGAUGUGUCGGCGUAUCUAUCACAGCAUAAUUUACCCGACAUUCUUCACGUACUUGGAACUCCGACGGAUUCGUCGCAAGUUAAUGGCUCGGUUAGCAAAGCAUUACUAAAUACAAGCAGCGACAGUAACGGAAAUACGUCUAAUGGACCUCAGCAACCACCGCCAGUGCCGCCGCGAAGUUUCGAGAAAAGUUUCGAUGAUGAUUUUAUGGGAAAUGAACCAGUGCCAAUACCGUCGGUGGGCACAAAAUUGGAAGGGUUGUUGAUGGAUGAAUUUGAGGAAGAUUUCAAUCCAAGGGCUUACGAGACCGCAGCCAAUGGUCUUGCCAACCAUCAGUCAAACAACAAUCCGCUCCUUAAUGGUCAAGUAUCUUCUGGAUUAAACUUCUUCUCGCAAUCUAAUGGUACGAUCAGUCCUCCGCCUCUGUUGGCGCCACCACCAAAGACGAAAGAUUCGAGACGUCAAAACGGAGUCAAAGAAGAUUUAUUCGGUAGCAUUCCUUUCAAUCCCACGCCAACUUUAAAUAUAAAGAAUGAGUUUAAGGAUCCAUUCGAAAUGGGAGAAUUCGGAGCUUCGACUAUGACAGCAAAUCCUAGCCAGCAGGAAUUGGAAAAUGCUAUUGGUCUACUAGACAAGAGGCUGCUGGAGAUGAAGGAUGGUUUUAGUAGAGGGCUGUGUAUUGGAACAGACGACUUUUCUUUGGAGAGCCUGGACCCGCUGCGAAAUUAAACUCGUCGAGUAAAUCGGAAGCUAAGAGCACUCGAACAAGAACUUCAUUAGUACUCUCUAAUGCAGAGUACGAAAGACCAAUUAACGGAUAGAGUAAUUAGGAACUAUGUCCUUAGGAAUUAUGUCCGUGUAAAACCAAAAUUAGUCAAUUAUUACUAUUAUCCUGCUCGUAUAUUUAUGAUCAUGCUCGAUAUUUAUGGUACACAUAAAAUAAUUUUAUAAGGCGUAUCCUUCUACGCUCGCUGGUAUAAUCUAUUUUGUUCGCUUUAGAAUUGGGGUCCAAUUUGAUAACGCACUUAGAACGCGUUAUCGUUGUUAAUAAUGAGUCAGUGAGACAAGAUCUCAAGUUGACUGCUAGAGUGGAACGAGAUAUUAUUCUAAUCGAGGCCACGUAAUUUUAAACGAGAAUUUGUUUUACACGUGCGGCGCGCGCAUACACAUAUACAUGCAUACAUACGUUAAAACAGAUCUUAUCGCGAAUCUCUCAUAUCGACGAUGGUAUGCUUGCGUCUUUUAUAUUUUUAAUGAGAUAUUAAAAAAAAAGAAACUAAUGAAUAUUAUAAUCUUGCAGCCACCAAGUCGGAUAAUGGUGAAGGCCGAGAAAUCUCUUAAAUUCUAAGAGUUUAGUUAAGAGAAAUUUGCAAUAUAUAUUUUAUACUCGGCUUAGUUUAUAAAUUAGUCUCUUCAUUCAAUCAUCUGUUUAAAAGUCAUCUGUUGUAAAAUGUGCUAGUAAAAUGUGAGUCACUUUAACACAAUAAUAGACGACAAAAAUCUAGUGGAGCACUAACCAUCUGUAGCAUUAGAGAUCACAUUAAUAAUAUGAACGCAUAGCUUUCAUAGUCCAUUGAUUGAAUUUGUACGCUCCACUCUCUGUCCUCUUUCUUUGAUCUGUCGUACUUUUAUUCCCUACAUCUUUCUUUCAAAGAUAACAUAAUCGAAAAGAAAGGUUUAACUCUAGGAGCAUGAGAGAUUCUAGUUGUACAUUUUAUAGUAAUCUCUUAAGAAAAUCCACCUCAAAUUCAUUGGACUAUUCAAUUACAAUAUAGGGGAUAGUUGAUACUAAAUAUAUAUUACGAUAAUAACUGAACCGACCAACGUAAUAUGGAGUGUUAAACGAGUUUAUACUAUACAAAGUGGAUUAGUAAUUAUGUACAUAUGGACUUCUAUAUCUCUUAUUAUUGUUGCUAUAUUGUUUAAGAUUCAUAGUUAAGAAUAUAGCAUAUGAUUAUUACAACUGAAA